AUGCGCAGUCCGCCCUUGAACGCACCUCAGGAUGGCCCGUACUUUGGAACCACUAGCAAAGAAGAUCUUUAAAGGAGUUUUGGUAGCCGAACUUGUAGGCGUUUUUGGAGCAUAUUUUUUGUUUAGCAAGAUGCACACAAGCCAAGAUUUCAGGCAAACAAUGAGCAAGAAACAUCCCUUCAUCUUGGAAGUUUAUUACAAAUCCACUGAGAAGUCUGGAAUGUAUGGAAUCAGAGAGCUAGAUCAAAAAACAUGGUUGAACAGCAAAAAUUAGAUAGUCUCGCUUUGUUGCCAGGCUAGAGUACAGGGGCGCAAUCUCAGCUCACUGUAACCUCUGCCUGCUGGGUUCAAGCGAUUCUCCUGCCUCAGCCUCCCAAGUAGCUGGGCCUACAAGUGCGUGCCACCACGCCAAGCUAAUUUUUGUAUUUUUAGUAGAGAUGGGGUGUCAUCAUGUUGGCCAGGAUGGUCUUGAUCUCUUGACCUUGUGAUCUACCCACCUUGGCCUCCCAAAGUGCUGGGAUUACAGGCGUGAGCCACUGCGCCCAGCCAUAUUUUUGAUUUUUUGUAGAGAUGGGGUCUCAUUGUGUUGCCCAGGCUGAUUAAAGUUUCUGUAAGGUAUGUUUAUUCUUAAGGCUAUCUACUCUUAACACCUGUAAAUGUAGGGUGAUCAAUUAGUAAAUUAAUAAAUCUGAAUUAAUAAAUCUGUUUAAAAUUCC